CGGGAAUGUUUGGUGAUGUGGCUAUGCUCUGACAUCCAUCCGAGGGAAUAUAUCAAAUAAAAAGCAGACACAUUUACCUGGGAAGCACUCGCACAGUGCCAUCUUUAUGUUAAGCCGUCUGGCCACAGUCCUCCAGGAGCUCUCUGGAGAGGAGGGCCCAGAUGGAGACCCACAGGGCAUGCUGGUGCCUCAGCUCCCUGCCGGUGAGGGCCAGGCUCCGGUGGAGUCUGAGGCACCUGAGGAGGCCAUGGAGAGGCUGGCUCACCUGGAACAACUGGUAGUCCAGCUGAAGGAGCUCAUCCGAGACAAAGACACCCAGCUCGUCCAGAAGGACACUGAGCUGGUGAAUAAAGAUGCACAGCUCAAGAAUGAGAAAGAAGAAGCUGAGGCUCGCUUCACCAAACUCAAACUGCAGGCCAAAGCCAAGAUGGCUUCACUAAACAAACAGAUAACUGAUCUGAAAGGACAAGGUGGAGCAGCACAAAGUCCAGACAGCUCUUUUACAGGAGCUGGUGCUGCGGUCGAGGAGGAGCUCCAAGAACUUAAGAACAAGCUGAGCGAGGAGGAAGCCAAGAGCAGAGGGCUUCAGGAGCGACUCCAGACCACCGAGCAGCUCCUUCAGGAGAAGGAAUCUGUCCAUGCUGAACAGUUGCUGAAGCUGCAGGCUGUGGUCUGUGAGAAGGAUGUACGUUUCCAGGAACAGAUCCAGAAACAUGAAGAGGAGCUGAUGAAGGUCACAACACAGUCACAGAAUGACGGAGAACUUCAGCAGGCCCUGAAUGCUGCACAGAGGCGUUGUGAAGAGCUUGAGGAGGCCUUAAACUCUCGGUCUCAAGUGCUUGAAAUGCUGCAGCAAGAAGUGAGCAGUGCUGACCAGCAAAAACAGAUCUUGACAGCUCAGUUCCGGCAGAUGGAGCAGGAGCUGGCCGAGGCCGUCAAGCAGAGGGAGGAGGAGAGACAGCAGUGGGCUGAACGGGCCAGCAGGGCCGAUGCAGAACUCGCAGCCCUCCGAAUCAGCCUGGAGGCUUUGGAAAGACAGAGUGUAGAGAUGGUGAGGCAAGAGAGCGAGCUUGCCUCACUGAGAGAGGCAGAGCAUGUUAGUCAGGAGGCUCUGGAGAAGGAGAAGGUGGAAGUUGCCAGAUUGGAGGGAGAACUGGCUCUGAUGAAAGAGAAUGAGCUUGCAGCCGCCCAAGCAACCCUCGAUGCUCUGGAGAGAGACAGGGCGGAAAUAGUUCGGCUUGAAAGUGAGCUUGCUUCAAUGAGAGUGGCAGUCGACCAUGCCAGGCAGGACGCGUCAGAGAGGGAGACGUCAGAAGUGGAUAAACUAGAGAGAGAGCUUAAGGAAGAGCAUGAAGAUGCCCAGAAGAAGGGUGAGAUCUUGGCUGAAAUCUGGAAACAUCUACGAUCUCUGACUCCAGAAGAUGUGCAAGCAGCAGAGGAAAUCUCCUCCCCUGCUGACCUUUCUCUGUUCCUGGAUGCUGUGCAGUCUAUUGAGAGACAACUGACAAGGCUGAAAGAUGAACGCAGUGAGAGGGAGGAACAUUGUGCCGAGCUCACCCACACCAUGGAAACCCUUCAGGAACAAUUAAACAGAAAAACCACAGAACAGGAGGAAAAGAUACAAGAGCUGGAGCAGCAGAUUGUAAUGAUGUCUGAGAGAGAACCAUCAGCACAGGAUUCAUCUGAAGCUAAAAAAGCUUGCAUACUUGAACUGGAGCAGCAGCUACUUGAAAAAGACAAUGAGCUGGUUGCCUUGCAGGAGUCCCUCAGACUGGCUCAAGAGCACAGCAUUAGUGAAGUUACAUCAUGUGAAAACUACAAUCAGACUACAGAACAGGGUCAGGAUGCCAGUACGCCCCCCCAUGACAGUUCUGCAGCCCUUCCUGACUUCAUGGAGGAUACACAAGAAGAGGAGACCACCUUAGUUGCUGAGGACACCUCAGUCCUCUCCAUUUCUGCUGAUAAUGAGAGUAGCCCAGAGCUUAUUGGACACCAGUCUGAAUCCCCAGAAGAAUCCAAAGGGACCUCCUCAGAUGAGAUGGUCGCCAGUAGUGAUUCAGAGGUGGCCCACAGCAGCUGGACCCUCCUGGAAGCUGUGAAUCAAGAUGGAGGCCAGGAGUGGCCAUCCAUCCUGCAAGACUUUGGCCAGCUGCAGUUGCAGUCGUGGGAGGCGACGAGCAUGGAGUCGGAAACCUCCACAGUUCAAGUGGAGUCCUCCUCUGUCAUCAUCCGAGAGACGGUACAAGUUCAUCUGACUCAGCAGAAUUCUUCCCCCACAGAGGGUAACGUUCCCUCUGGCCAGGUCUUUGCUCAGGCCUUAGCUGAGGAACUUCAGAAGAGGUACAGUGAGCUUUUGGCUGAGCUUCAGAGGCUCAGAGAGGCAGCUGCUGAGUCACAUGAGAAAAUCAAGGGCCUGGAAGAAGACACACAGUCCCUUACUGCUGCCAAAGAAGAGGCCGAGUCCCAGGCCAAUAGUUUUGCAGAGGAACUUAAGUCAGCCAGAGAGGACUUGGACAAGAUUUCUCAACAAAGCAGCUCUGGGGUGGAGAAACACAGUGUUGAAAUGCAGCUUCUAGAAGAACAGAUAGACAUUUUAAACACUGAAAGUAAAACCAAGGAGGACAAAAUCCAGGCCCUGCAGGCAGAACUGGAAAUGGCACGCCAAGCUUUCUCUGAACAGGAGGGGCAAGCCAGGAUGCUGAGUGCUCAGCUGGAGGACAGGGAGCUUCUCUCCUCUGAGCUUGAAAGGAGGCUUCAAGAUAUGGAAAACAGCAUGUUGGAAUACUCUCAGACAUCAGAGCUCAACAAUGAUACUUUGUCCAAGAAGGACUCUGAGAUCAGUGAGCUACAGCUCCUUCUCAGCCAAAAAGAGCAGGAAGUAAUGGAGCUAAAUGACAGUAUGUCUGCUAAGCUCCUUCAAGCAGAAGAAGAGAAGUUCCAGACAGACGGUGAAGUCAAUAAACUGAAGGAGCAGAUAGUGGAACUGGAGAAAGUCAGAGAUGAGAAACAGAAAGUAAGUUAUGAAGACUCAGAUGCUCAGGUAGAUGGUGAACUCACUAGUUUAAGGAAGGAAAAGGGAGUACUGGAAACCCAACUGACAAACACAAAGAAGAAGUUGCAGGCUGCACUUGUCCAACGCAAAGAGCUCAUGAAGAAAGUUGCUGAGUUUGAGGUAGAAGCAAAGAAAUUGAAAGAGAAAGAUGAGACCGCAAAGGGAGAAACUCCUGCAAACAUUCCAGAGGUAGGACAAUCUAGAGAACAUGAGAUUCAGGAAAUGGAGGGAAAACUCCUCAAACUCGAGCAAGCUUUAAGAUCCAAAGAAGAGGCAGUUGAGACUCUUGAGCAGAAAAUUAGCCAGCAGGAUCAAGUACUCACUGAGACCCUUGCUUUGAAUAAAAAGCUAAUUGAAGAAGCUGAAAACACUCAGCAGGCUGACAUUACUUCUGAAACAACUGCAUUACAAUCCCAAGUGACCUCUCUCGAAGCAGAAUGUGAAACCCUUCAGAAGAAAGUUCAGGAGGCCCAAGAAUCUCGCAAGGAAACCAUCCGCAAAGCAAAAGAGAAAGAUAGGCACCACCGUGAGCAACUGAAGCAGCAGAAAGAAGAAUACAGCGAGCUGAUGGAGCGUUUUGAGGUGCAGAGCGGCGAGCAAGUAACUCUUAUGACUAAACUGAGGGAAUUAGAAGAAAAUGUGAGCACUGAAAGAGAAGACAUGUCUCACCGAGAGACCAAGCAACUGGUUGAAAAUUUGGAAAAGCAGGCAGCAGGUGAUUGGGUCCAGGAGGAUUGGGUGGACUUUGCCACAUCGGAGACGGAUUCAUCACAACCACAAUCCAGCGAUCCAGUUCAGCGUCCUGCAGAGCAGUCUGACGUCCUUUCUGCACAAAUGGAGGAAUCUCUGAAAUCUCUUAGAGAAGAGAUCCACACUGUGCGGAUGGCUAACACAGAGCUAGAGACGCAGCUGCAGGAAGCCCAUGCCAGUUUGUCACUGAAGGAGGAUGAAUUAUUGGAACUUGGCAAAGAGCUACAAACACUACGAGAAAAGGAAAGACAGAUUGAUGCACUCUCAGAGGAAAUUAAUGAUCUUAGAGAAAAGCAUCGCCAAGCUGAAUCUUAUGCUGAGACCCUGAAAGCAGAGAUGGAAGCUGCAGCCAAAGCAACAUCUACAGAUUCUACAUCCUCAAUUGCAACUCUUCAGGCUGAAGUGGAGGACUUUAAGCAGUUCCUCGACAAUAAGAACCAUGAAAUCAAGGAGCUAAGUCAGCAGCUUAGUGAGCAGAACUCCCUCAUACUCUCAAUGCAGGAAACAGUGUCUGAGAAGGAUCAGCUUAUAUCUUCUUUGCAGGAAGAACUGAAGGCUGAGCAGGAAAAAACCCAAAGGUUAGAGUUUGAGGUUCCACAGAAACAAGAGGAAGAAAAAGACAGCGAGGCAAAGAUCCAGCAGCUUCAACGGAAGCUUCAGGCUGCUCUGAUCUCUCGCAAAGAGGUCUUAAAAGAAAACAAAACCCAGAAGGAACAGCUAGCUUCAACAGAGAUGCUUAUAACUGAACUGCAGCAAAAAAUGGAGUCAGCGGAAGAUGAGCUGGAGAAGCUAAGAGCAGAAAGAGUUAGACUGAUUGAUGAGGUUGACCGGACAUUAGUGGAAAACCAAAGCCUUGGAUCAUCUUGUGAGAGCCUCAAACUGGCCAUGGAGGGCAUACUAAAUGAGAAAGAUGCCUGUAAGAGAGAAGUGGAGUUAGCUAAAGAAGAGGCCACCAGAACAUGCAGAGAAUGGGAGGAAAAGGUUCAAGGCAUGAAGGACGAGUAUGAGACUCUGCUCAAGUCAUAUGAGAACGUGAGCGACGAGGCAGAGCGAGUGAGGCGGGUCCUGGAAGCUGCCAGGCAGGAGAGACAAGAGCUUGCAGCCAGGGUGAGAACGCAUGAGGCUGCCAAGCAGGAAGCUGAAAGACAGGCAGAAGAGGCACAGAAAGAGGUGGAUACAGUAAAAGACAAAAUGAGAAAGUUUGCCAAAGCAAAGCAGCAGAAAAUACUUGAUUUAGAGGAGGAGAAUGAGAGACUAAGAGAGAUGCAGGAAAAGACCGGAAUAAAACGAGAGGGCAUGGCUCUCAAAGCUGAAGUUGAAAGACUUCAAGAUGAGCUGGGGGCUUUGAAAGCUGAGUUGGAUGCUACAGUGGCAGAAAGAGACUCUUUAGGGCAGCAGAUUGAAGAGUUGAGGGGACAGAUUGCCCAAACAGGAGACAAAGAAGACAAUGUAAUUCAGGAUUCUCUGCCCAGCUCUUCGGCUAUUGUAGAAGAGGUUGUCACUGCCCAGCAAUCAGACCUAAUGAUGACGAGAGCAGAGCCUGUUGAGAGUAAGUCUGAAGACAAAGAAGAACUAGCCAUAACCACUGAGGAGAUGCCAACUGACCAAAUAGCUGCAGUGCAUGCACCAGAAACACAUGUGCAACCUACUGAGGAAAAAGAGCAAGCAGAAAUGACUAAAGGUAUUCAAGAUUUAUUAGAGGAUAAAAUUAGGGAGAUGGAGGCAGCUGUCAUUGCAGAAAGGGAACUGUGGCAGGAACAGGAGGCUGAACUCAAAGCUCAACUGGCUUCUCUUGAGCGAGAUCUUCAUGAGAGUAAAGAGAAGGAGAGCCUCGUGGCCUCCCUGGAGAAGUGCCUUCAAGAGAGCAAAGAGAGAGAAAAGAGCCUGAUUGAAGAGGGUUCAAAGAGGGAAGUCCAGUUCAAAGAGCUCCUCAGAAGCCUUGAAACUGAGAAAGACAACCUGGAGGAGCGUCUGAUGAACCAGUUGGCUCAGCUCAACGGGAGCAUCGCCGGCUACCAGCAAGAGGCAGCGGACAACAGGGAGCACCUCAAUGAGCUGCAGCGGGAGGUGGAGAGGUUGGAGAGGGAGCGAGCCGAACUCGAAGCCGAGGCUCAGAGUGAGCGUGACCGGGCUGCCAGGCUGGAGGAGGACAUGAGGCAAGCCCAGAGAGAAAGAGCUGAGGCUGAAGCAGAGUCUGGCAAGCAGAGGGAGCUGGAGCAACAGCUGAGGUCUGCUCAAAGGGUCAGGGAAGGUAGUCAGAGCAGAGCACGUCAGCUGGAAGAACUGUUGAGGGAGAAGCAGCUGGAGGUCCGUCAGCUGCAGAAGGAUUGCAUCCAGUACCAGGAGAGGAUCAGUGAACUGGGCAAAGAAGCUAAGGCGCUGCAGCUAGGCCACGAUGAGCUCCACAACAAACUAGAACAAUCCCAGCAGGAGACUUCCAAAACUGUAGAAGACUUGAAAAGGACUGAGGCAGAGUUGGUGAGCUGCAAAUCCAAGCUGGAUGAGGCCCUGCGGCAGGCGGGCGAGGCUUUAGCUGAGAAAACAACCCUUGAACAGAACUCCCAACAGAAAGAGGCCAUGAUGAGAGCUGAGGCAGAACAAACCCUUGACUCUGUGAGAUUCAGGCUGGGAGCUGAAUUAAAGGAGAUGGAGCUGAGACUGGAAGAUGCAUACAAUGAAAGGGAAAAGGAAGAGGAAGCCACUCUGGAGGCCAGAGAGAUCGCUGAAGGAGCUGAGAGACGGGCCCAAGAGAUGCAAGCUCGUCUGGAUGAGUCUCUGGCCAGGUUAGCCGCUUUCUCACGUUGCAUGUCCUCAUUGCAAGAUGACCGGGACAGAGUUUUGGAUGAGGCCCGACAGUGGGAAACUCGCUUUAAUGAUGCUCUGCAGGGUAAGGAGGCUGAAGUUCGGGAGGCUGAAACACGGGCCAAGGAACUGGCAGAAGAGCUUCAGAGAGAAUCUGCCCUGAAAGAGGAACUUCAGCUCGCAGUGGAAAGACUAGAGAAAGCAAACAAAGAUUUGCAGCUGAAACUGGAAGAGGAUGAAAAGAAAGUCACAGAGAGCCAAGCUGCCCUUGAGCAGGAGAAGAGCAAACUUCAGCAAACUACAACUGAGCUGCAGUCUGCACAAAACGAAGCCCAGGCCCUGAAAAAUGAGGUGGAGAGUCUCCAUCAGAGGGCUAGAGCUCUGGAGGAGGCGGUAGGUCGGCUGCAGGGCGAAGUUGACCAGGCCAGGGCUGAGCUGAAAGAGAGGGAGGCAGAAGAGAGGCGGCUGUGUUUGAACGUUGAGCAACUAGAGACAGACCUGCGGUCCUCUAAGGCCUUGACAGAGAGUCUACAGACUGAGUUAAAUGAGAAGGAAAGGAGAGAGGUGGAAAUGCUGGGGGAGAAGGAGCAAGCUGUUACUGAGGCAGCAGAAGAGGCUAGGAAGGAGGCUGACAGCAGGGCACAAGGAGCAGAGGAGGAGCUGGAGCAGAGACGAGGCGAAGUGCGGGAUCUGGAAGAAAAACUACGAAAGGCAGAGGAAGAGAGCAACAACAGAAAAACCAGACUGGACUCUUUCAUGAAGGCCAUGGGCUCCUUGCAGGAUGACCGAGACAGAGUCCUCAACAUGUACAAACAGCUGGAGGAGAAACACCUGCAGGUGAUGAUGGAGAAGGAUGGUCUUAUCCAAGAAGCGGCAGGAGAAAACAACAGCCUGAAGGAAGAGCUGCGCUCUCUGCUGGUCCAGAGAGAUGACCUGUAUGCUGAAAAGGCCAAGCUGUCCGCUCAGCUUCACGGCUACCGUGAUGAACUUAACCAAGUCCUGAGCAUGAAGGAGUCCCAACACAAACAGCUUCUGGCAGCUCAGCGAGAGCGUAUUGCCACUCUGGAAAGAGAACGUGAGGAAUUGGAAAGUCAGUUAAAGAGUGUUAACAUAGUCAGAGAGACAGAAGUAGAAGCAGGCAGAGUAGAAAGGGAGACUCUUAGUCAAGCUGUUGACUUUACGACCGCAUCGCAGGUGAAGGAUGCGCCCGGUGCAGAGGUUGAGAAGCUGAGGGAGCAGCUGCAAGCAGUGAGAGAACAAGUGGAGGCUUUGGAGGAGACCCUACUGAAGGAGAGACAGGGGCAGGAGAGCAGUAGCAAAGAGCUAGCUGAGCUUCGAUGGGAGGGAGGUGUGAUGCGGACAGAGUCGGAGAACGCCCAGGAGAGAGUGGCAGAGCUGGCCCGAGACUUGCUGGCUGUCGAACAGAGGCUGCUAGAGGAGAAAGAGGUGGCGACGAAGCUCAAAGCAGAGAACCAGUCAUUCUCAAAAGCUAUGGCCUCCCUCCAGGACAGCAGGGACCAGGCAGUAAACAAGGCCCAGGAGCUGAGCCUGAAGCUAGAAGAGAUGAGCAAGGCAGGUGGCCACGCAGCACACAGCAGCCCCGGAGGCUCCACCGGAGAGGUGUGGGGGCUGAAGAACGCACUACAAGCCCUGCAGAAUGACAGGGAGAGACUGCUGGAGCAGCUUCAAACACAGACAUCUGAGCUCAAGAAACAGAAGUCAGAGCUGGCUCGACUGGGAGCAGGAGAGCUGAUUAAAGUCAGCCAGGAGCUGUUUGAGGAGAAAAAGAAGAACGAAGACAUGCUGAGCGUCAUAAUGCAGCUAGAGAAUGUGGUAGAAAUGAGCAAGCAAGAAAUAGAAACUCUCAGACUGGAGCGUAUUGAUUGGAUGGCUCAAGCAGAGCAGCUGAAGCAGCAGACCCUCACCACACUCUCAGACAGGGACCAACAACUGCGGCAGCUCAGCGCCAUGCUGGAGGAAGCCCGCACUCAUAAACCCAAACUUCAGCAAGAACACUAUCAAAGAGAGGGCACAGAGGAAGUGGACAGUGCUCCUGGAGCCCCGCAGGAGCGAAGUAGCCAGCUGGACAGCCACACCUACAUAGCUGAGGUCAAAGAGCUACAGAGAAGGCUGGAAGAAGAGAUGCAGCAGAGGGUGGCUGCUGAGGAACAGCUAAUGGACACACAGGAUCGACUCAAACGUCACAGCCAGGCUAAACGACACUCUGCACAAGAGGAGGAUCACUCAGAGACUGCUGUUUUCAUCGAGCCGCCGGAAGGAGCUGUCACUCGAACUCGGAGAGGUGGACCGGGUCUGGUGCGGAUGCUCCGCGUGGCCUUCUGCUCCCGUCAGCGCACCCCUCUGCUGUUCAGCCUCUAUCUGCUCACUGUGCACGUCCUGCUGCUGCUGUGUCUGAGCGGAUACCUUUGAAAAGCAGCUCCCUUUUAAAUACUUGACAGAUAAGAGAAAGAGAGAGAGAGAGAGAGAGAGAGAGAGAGAGGAGGGGAAAGAAAAUGGAGAUGUGACACAGGCCUAACCCAAGCCAUCGAUAUGUUUUAUAUUGUCACAUGUAAUAAAUUAUAUCUAGACACAAACGUUGCACUUUACAGGACUUAAUCUUUUAGCCAAAGUAUGUAGAUUUAUAUAGGAAGCUGUUGUCAGUGGUUUGAACUAUGUUGCUCUUGUAUGACUUUGAGGAUGCAUGAUAAGUUUUUUCAAAACCCAAGUAGAGAGGACAUUAAAGGGACAAUUUUUCUUUCUAAAAAAAAAUCUAUAAGUAGGUUCAUUAUCAAGUUUUUUGGCGGAUUGUGUUCUUUACGUGCCUUUAGAUUCGGAUAUAAAAGGGUCACUUUAUGUUGGAGCAAUGGGGGGGCUAUGCAGGGUUCAGGUGAGAUCGAUUUCUCUCGGUCCGUCCGUUAAAUGUGACGCCAAAGCUCGCAGGCCGUUAGCUUAGCAUCGAGACCGGAAAUGGAGCUAUCUUGGCUCCGUUAAACGGCAGCAACAUCCACCAAACAUCACCAAGCAACUCAAAGAGCCUCACUAAUCAACAUCUACAUUACAUAUCGUUUGUUUAAUUCGUACAGAAACAGAAGUAAAAGAGACAUUUAGGUGUUUGACGGAGAUUGCGCGUGUGCUGGUGGCGGUGGUCUGUUACCGGACUGCGUUUUGGCGCCAAGCGGUUGCCGGGCAACCAUCAGCAACUCAAAGAAAGUUACUUAUUGCCACCAAAAGUAGCGUAGUACUGCAAAGUGUCGGUUUUUCCACUUCAGUUUUUGUACAGAUUAAACAAACAAGAUGUUGCUGACUGUUACAUGUGCUAGCUUUCCAUGCUGAGUUUCCCCCAGGUUUUGUGUUAAGGCUGCUUUCUGUAGUCUUCUAUUUAACAGAGAGAACAAUCUUGACAUCAAACUUUUGCCAGAAAGCGACUAAGCUGUAUUCCCCCCCCCCCCCUUAAAAAAAAAAAAAAAGUCAAACUUUUCUUUCUCUGAUGGCUUGAGGUUCAGGAUGUGCUGUUAUAGUCCAGUCUCUUCCUCUUCUGCUCAUUUCAUGCACAAAGUAACGGAGCACAGUGCAAUUUCCGUUCGUACACAUUCCUAUUGUGUGUUUUUCUUUUUAUUUCCCUCCUAUAUGAAUCACAUUUAAAAAAAACAAAAAGGAGCAUUAUAUUGAUAUUUGUACAUAUGUACAUGUAUUAUAUACGUCAGCUGGAUGUGGGUUUCCCUCUUAAGUAUCCAAUAAGAUUCCCUGUCCAUGCUUCGGUUGCACACGUUUUAGAUUUUACUCUGUAGUUUUUAUGGCAUAUGAAGUUGCCUUUCAGGUGCAAUGUUUUCCCACAGUGUGGAUUCAUUCCAGAGGAGAAAGACUGCUGUGUUUUCUAAUGAUAUCCAUCCCAUUAUAGACUACUCUGAUGAUGUAGCAUAAUUUAUUAUCCAUAAGUUGAAAAAUCGUCCACUACCAUACAUAUAUGUCGACAUCAUCCUUUAUUCUUUAUUGUUUUAUUUAAUCGCUCACUGUUGGUUGAAAUAAUGGCUCUGUACUCGUCUUCUUUUCACAUUCAUGUUCUUCACAUCUUACACCCACUGAAAAAUACUUUAAACUGUAAAUAACUGUUUAAAAAGGGCUGUAAAGAAAAAUAAAAUGUAAUAAAAGUUGGUGGUUUAGAUCAGGG